AUGCUCCGCCUCAAGUCGACACUCGCGGCGCAGCCGCCCAGUCUGCCCGUCGCGCCCGAGAGUGGCCUCUGGCCGCUGCGGUCGAGCUUUGCGUUCUUCGCCAAGGACGAUGGCUUCCGCCUCCGCCACGAGCGCUUCGAUACGCUGCACAAGCUGCUCGGCCCGAUCUACAAGAUCCGGUUCCUUCCGCUGCAAAAAUAUAUGGUGACCAUCGCCGACCCGGCCGCCGUCGCGCAAAUCUACUGGCACAAAGGCCCGAUGCCGCAGCGGCGCGUCAACCCCACAUGGAAGGUCCACCGCGACGCGCGCCAAUGGCCGAUCGGCUCGGUCAACACCAACGAGUUUGCCGAGUGGAAGCGGUUCCGUCGCAGCCUCAGCGCGCACGUGCUCCAAGCGCACAACGUCGCUGCGUGGCUCCCCCGGCUCGACGAUGUGGCCCAGGACAUUGUCGCGCGCAUCCGCAGCCAGGCGGUAACAGACAAUAGCGUCCCGAUGACGCGUGUGACGCAGGCGUAUGCGCUCGAGGCCGCGAGCGCGCUCGUCUUUGGGCGGCGCAUGGGCUGCGUCUCGCGCGACCACUUGACGCCGAUCGACGCCGAGGCGCAAGCGUUCAUCGGCGCGGUCGACGGCUUCGCGGCCAUGACGCAAGUGCUCGGGCGCGUGCCGCCGUUCGUGCCGCACUGGGCGUACCGGUUUCUGCCGUCGUACCAGGCGUUUGCAGCGCACUCGGACGUGAUCUUUGCUUUGGGCGAGACGCGCAUGCGGCAAAAGAUGGCGUCCACAGAAGAGACGGACCCGGAUCUGCUCAGUAUGUUCUUGGCGCGGCCCGAGCUCGACGAGCGCGACGCGAUAGCUCAGGCCGUCGACGUGCUCCUGGCGAGCGUCGAUACGACGACGAACGCGCUCUUGUGGACGCUCUACCUCCUCGCGUCGUCGCCCAACGGCCGCGCGAUGCAAGAGACGAUCCGGGACGAGGCCAACGCGGCCUUGGGUGGCAACGCCAGCUUUGAUGACGCGGCGCUGGAAAAGGUCUCGUAUGUACGAGCGGUCGUGAAGGAGGCGCUGCGCUUGUACCCAGUCGCGAACCCCAACCAGCGCUACCUGACGAGCGAUCUGACGCUGCUGGGGCACAAGAUCCCGGCGGGCACAAGCGUGCUCGUAGCCACGUACACGAUGAGUCGCGACCCAAAUGUGUUUGAGAACCCGACUGCGUUCGUGCCCGAGCGCUGGAUGAACAAGGCGAGCAACCGCCAAGCCGCCGCGUAUUCGACGCUGCCGUUCGGGAUGGGCGCGCGCAGCUGCGUCGGGCGGCGCUUGGCCGAGACAGAGAUGUACUUGCUCCUCUCGCACCUCUUGCGGACGAUGGAGGUGAGCUGGAUCGCAACAGAGGCCCACCCCAAGGCGGUCAUUCAUUUGCUCAUGACGCCAGAGACGGAACUUACCCUUCGCUUUCAGCCGUGGUAA